UAUCAAUCGUAUACAUGUCGUUAUUGACAUAGCAUGUCAUAACUUAUUUUCAUUUUCAUCUGUUGGAAAAAUCCGCGAUUAAAGCGACCAAAGUUAUUGGGGGUGAUUUAUGGCUUAAUUUCUUCUACAUUUGGGUAAAAGUGAUAUUCUAUAGCAGCAUGUACGUCGUUGUACGGUCGAUCAGUUUGAGCAACACUCGUUGGCAGUUAACAAAAUGUUGCGGUGGUGUUUUUAUCAGUAAUCCUUUCACCUGCAACGUAAAUUGCCACUUGACCAGACCGAACCCACUGGAGUCCAGGCGACUUUACUCAUUAACGACUAAACACUCGAAUGUGCUCAGUUUUUAUGAAAAGACACUAAACAACGUUCUUUUGAGCCAUGAUAGGUAUUUCCAUUUGUCCUCUUUAAUUUGCGAGAAGGAGCCUCUUAAACCGUCAUCAAAACUGGAGGUAACGGUCCAAGAACUUAGAAAACAGAAAGAAAAGGAGGCCAAAGACCAAGACGUUCAAAUAGCAAAAUCGACUGUUAAAAAAUCAAUUAAACAGAAAAUAGUAGACGAAAUACUGCACUAUUAUCAUGGCUUCAGACUGCUUGGAAUAGACGUCAAAAUAUCUGCUGGUCUUGUGUGGAGAAUUCUUCGGGGUAAAACUUUAACUCGAAGAGAAUAUCGAUUGCUCACUCGUACUGUUGGUGACCUAUUCAGACUACUUCCAUUUUCCGUUUUCAUAAUCGUACCAUUUAUGGAAUUGUUGUUGCCAGUUUUUAUCAAACUUUUUCCCGGUAUGUUACCAAGCACGUUCCAGACCACUUCAGAAAAGGAAGAUAAAAUCAAACAAAGCUUGAAGGUUAAGUUAGAAAUGGCAAAAUUUUUACAGGGUACCCUCGAUGAUAUGUCUGUUCGACACGUAGACCGAUAUUCUGAGAAUGCCAAAGAAUUUGUAGAGUGGUUUAACAAAGUUCGUACCUCAGGCGAAGUGGUAUCCAAUGAGGACAUAAUGAAAUUUUCAAAACUUUUUGAAGACGAAAUCACGUUAGACUCGUUGACCAGAAGCCAAUUGAUUGCUUUGUGCAGAGUAUUGGACGUUCAGACACUGGGCACAAACAAUUUUUUAAGAUUUCAGCUGAGAAUGAAAUUACGGCAAUUGGCGGCAGACGAUAAAAUGAUUCAAAAGGAGGGCGUUCACUCGCUAACUCUGGCAGAAACUCAACAAGCCUGCAGAGCUAGGGGCAUGCGAGCAUAUGGGGUAUCUGAAGAGCGACUGCGGUCACAAUUAAACCAAUGGCUGGACUUAAGCUUGAACGAAAAGGUGCCUCCAUCGCUGUUAUUAUUGUCCAGGGCUCUGAUGUUACCAGAAACUAUUCCGACCAGCGAUAAAUUGAAAGCAACGAUCUCAUCUUUGCCUGAAACGAUCGUGAAGCAAACUCAGGCCGCUAUAGGUGAGAAAGAGGGCAAAAUCGACAACAGAAUCAGAUUGGAACUGUUAAAGGAAGAGGAGAAAAAAGUCGAGGAGGAGCGAAAAGAGCACAGAGAGGAGCAACGAAAACUGGAAGAAAAAGAGUUAUUGGUUGAUAAAGCCCCUAUUAUAUCGUCAUCGACAACUCCGAUUUUAGAAGAUACUGCUUUAAGGAUAUCAAGUGAAAAGUUGGAGCAGGUGGAAAAGGAGAAGGAGAAAGAAGAAGAUUUCCACACGAAAGAUAUUCAAAUUAUCGAGUUUGCUAUCGACACAGUAUCGAAAGAGAAGAAACUAAUCGUUGAAAAAGAGGAAAUUCAGGACUUGAAAGCUGAAAUGGCUGAUUACAAGGAAGACGUAGAUGAUCUCGCCAAAGCAGUGGCCGAUAAGCCGAAACCCGAAGUGCAAGAAACCAAAGCAGCAAAGAGAUUAUUCAAGAGUGUGAACAAAAUGAUUGGUAAAAUGGAUAAGGUAUUAGUGGGAUUGGAGAAGAAAGAGGCCCAGUUGAAGAAAGAUUUAGAAACUGAGAUAAGCGACAAGAAAAAGGAUGAGCUGCUUAAGAUUGACGACAUCAUAGCGGCUAUACAGAAAAUCAAAGAUGUACCCGAUCAGAAUCGACUCGAAAAGAUUGUGAAAGUGCUGCGGAAAAUGGACGAUGAUCAUGACGGUUCUCUAAAAAUUGACGAUGUGCUAAAAGUUUUCGAAAUCAUUGGUAAAGAAAAUGUGAAGCUGAACAGUAAACAGGUGGAUGAGCUGAUCGAGUUGAUUGACAAAGAGGAAAUUCUAGAAGUAGAAGACAAAAUUGAGAAAGCGCUUCAGAAAGAUAAGGAGACCAAAGAGGCGCAGCGGAUUUUAUCGCGCUCCGAUAUCGACAAACGGACCUCCGAAGGGUCCGUAGAGGAAUCUAGCUCUGAAAAGGAAGAAAUAGAAGCUAAGAGCACAAAUAAUGUGGAGGGAAAAAGUGCGAACGCAGCCAAAUCAACUCAUAAACCCCAAUUAUUGGAUUCCCAGGACAUACUUUCUUCUGGCAUUGAAGAAAAGCAGCCUACGAAUAGCUCUAAACGGGUUUAAAUGAAAAGGCGUAACCACUCCACCAACUUAUUAAAGCCAUUGUUGUAACCAAACUAUGCUGGUUCCGCUGUUAUUCAUUUUAGUAUUGUCAACAGCACUAAUUUAUUUUCUAUGGUCUGGAAGGUGUAAAUAUCAUUGUUCAGUGGGACGAGCGGUGAAUUAUUUGCUGUACCUGAGUCAUAAACAUUGUUGUUUUUGUAUAUUUACUUGAUUAAAAAACGCAUUUUAAAACA